AUGAAUUUAUUUUUUAAGCCUCCUGUUGACAUUGAAAUAUUGUUUGAUAAGGAAGAUUCGAGGAAGCAUGUCGAGGUAUUGCCUGCAAGUGGUUCGCAUUCUAAAGUUUUGGGUGAUUCAUUGCCAGUCUACGAAGAUGGCGAGAGUAUAUCCGGUAAUGUCACUGUGAGAGUUAGAGAAGGUAAAAUUGUGGAACAUUUGGGGAUUAAAGUCACGCUAAUAGGAUCAAUUGAUUUGGUUAAAGCUGCUGGAAAUAGCACGAGUAAUAGUUACAAGAGUAUAGAUGUACGAAAGAGAUCUAUUGAACAAUUUAUCUGCAUGACUUACGAUCUUUCACCUGCUGGUGAAUUAAACCAUUCUCAAAGCUUCCCUUUUAAAUUUAAAGAUAUGUCAAUGCAAUUCGAAUCUUACAGAGGUAAGAAUGUAGAUGUAUCAUACUACAUUAAAGUCACAGUAAUGAAAAAGGGCACUGACAUUUCAAAGAUUAAGCCAUUUUGGGUUUACUUGUACAAGGAUCUCGAAGAAGUAAAAAAGAUAGUUGAGCAAACGAAAAAGAUGUCAGAACAAAAGAAGGCUAAUGGUAUUAAGAAAAAUGAUAAGGAUGACAAAAACAGUGAUUCAAUUGAGAAAAAGCCCAUUAAAUUGGAUAUUGGUAUUGAAAACUGCUUGCAUAUUGAAUUCGAGUACACAAAGAGUAUAUUCUCGCUGAAAGACGUUAUAGUCGGCAGGAUCUACUUCUUACUGACUAGACUGAAGAUAAAACAUAUGGAAUUGAGUCUGAUAACGAGAGAGUCAUCUGGACUCCAACAAUCCAACACUUUAGUUGAUUCAACAGCAAUUAGAUACGAGAUUAUGGAUGGUUCUCCAGUAAAGGGAGAGACCAUUCCAAUCAGAUUGUUCAUGAGUGGAUAUGACCUGACACCAAGUAUUUCCUGUAACUAUUUUGAUAUCAAAAACUACCUAAGUCUAGUCAUCAUAGAUGAAGACGGUAGAAGGUACUUUAAACAAUCAGAGAUAAAAAUAUAUCGCUCGAAGUAA